AAAGUCAAAAGAAGAGUGGCAGGUUUUCCAGCAGCAGGACGGGCGCGAUUUGUGCGAACUAAUUUGUGCAAAAUCACCUUCGAAACUUGAGAAAAUCAUCAAUGAAAUUAGCUUCGUCACGGCUACUGCAAGUGAAGAGUUUGAUUGAGUGAAUACUUUUCUCAAAAACACCACUGUCUGACCUGGGACUGCUCCGAUCGGAAAAGUGCUCUCGGUUCAAAUGAAGUGAGACUCCCAUUUUUUCUACCCAUUGAUAGUUUUUCGGGAGGAGGAAAAUCGUUUGUAUAAUCGUUCACCCACAAUCAUCAAGUGUUGGAAGUUAAGAAAAAGAGAAAUAUCCGUUUACUUAGUGAAGUCUUUUAAAUAAAUAUAGAGACGCUGCUAAUACAGCUCGCGUUUGGAAAUAUAACACGGAGGCGUGUAACGAAAAAGCUGAAAAUAAGAUCAUCUAAUAUAAACAAGAGAAACGGUGUUGCUAGUUGUAAGAACGGAUACAAACACUGUAUGGCGAGAUAAGAGCCGUGUCAAACAAGUCUGUAAAUUCUCUCUUGGCAGCAUUCAAUUUCAGCUCAAAACGCACUGCUAACAAUAGGUAAUCUUGGCAGAAUAUUUGCGUAUAGUUAACAGUAGAAGGGAACGGGGGUAAGGCGAAUACCUUACUUAGACACAGGGCGGCAUCUAAAGAUACCGUAUCGAAAUGGGAUGCACAUCAUCUGCCGAAGAACGCGCUGCAAUCGCUCGCUCGAAACAGAUUGAGCGCAAUCUCAAAGAGGAUGGAAUUCAGGCUGCAAAGGAUAUCAAACUACUACUGCUUGGUGCUGGUGAAUCCGGAAAGAGCACAAUCGUAAAACAGAUGAAAAUUAUUCACGAAAGUGGCUUCACGUCAGAAGACUUCAAACAGUACCGACCCGUAGUGUAUAGCAACACAAUACAAUCAUUAGUUGCAAUAUUACGAGCAAUGCCAAAUCUUAGUAUCGCCUUUGGAAAUAAUGAGCGAGAGUGCGACGCAAAAAUGGUGUUCGACGUGGUACAGCGAAUGCACGAUACAGAACCAUUUUCGGAAGAUCUACUGUUAGCAAUGAAAAGACUGUGGUCGGACUCCGGUGUGCAAGAAUGCUUUUGCCGCAGCAAUGAGUACCAGCUAAACGAUUCUGCUAAAUAUUUCCUGGAUGACCUGGAUCGAUUAGGCGCGAAAGAUUACCAACCAACCGAGCAGGAUAUUCUAAGGACGCGUGUCAAAACAACCGGUAUCGUUGAAGUGCAUUUCUCAUUUAAAAAUCUGAACUUCAAAUUAUUCGACGUCGGGGGACAGCGAUCCGAGAGAAAGAAGUGGAUCCAUUGCUUCGAAGAUGUUACCGCUAUCAUCUUUUGUGUGGCCAUGUCAGAGUACGACCAAGUGUUACACGAGGAUGAAACCACGAACCGCAUGCAGGAAUCGUUGAAACUAUUCGACUCGAUUUGCAACAACAAAUGGUUCACGGAUACCUCAAUUAUUUUAUUUUUGAACAAGAAGGAUCUCUUUGAAGAGAAAAUUCGGAAAAGUCCGUUGACGAUCUGUUUCCCCGAGUACACUGGUGGUCAAGAGUACGGUGAAGCGGCGGCGUACAUCCAGGCGCAGUUCGAGGCUAAAAAUAAAUCUACAUCCAAGGAAAUCUACUGUCACAUGACUUGUGCCACGGAUACCAACAAUAUCCAGUUUGUGUUCGACGCCGUUACUGAUGUUAUCAUAGCCAAUAAUCUGAGAGGAUGUGGUUUGUACUAGAAAGGGAACGAAAAGCGGGACAUUUUUGUUUUUGUUUUCCGUUUGUGUACUAUUACUAUUAUCAUAAAUGGGGUACCAUAGGCCGGGAGAAACAGUAAUUAUUACAAAUUUGACUAUAAAUAUUAAAAAGUAAAACAAGGAAGAAAAGUUUAUAUUAGGAAGGGUGUAGGCAACCACAUGAUUGGGGACGGCUAGAUAUUUGAAACAAAAAUUUGCUCGAAGAUAGCAUACAUGAGAUUUGAGUGGUUUGAGUCGCAAAAAAUUGGGAUAGGACUACAGAGAAAAGAACAAGUAUGAAUAUCGGUGUUCAUUACGAAAAAUAGUGCAUAUUAUACUAUUUCUUUCGAACAUUGCUACAAAACAACAAAAUGCGUACAUACAUAGCCAGACGAACAAUUUCAGAUAACAUGAACGAAUAUUUUUUUCUACACAGAACGGUCUCGAGGGACAGGUGAAAACUUCCGUUUCACAGUUUGUUAGAGAUAAAUUUAAAUUUAGGCACGUGAAAACUACACACAAAAGCAGCUUCAAGGCGAUUUACACUUAAGCGCUCAUAUUUGGAACUUGACAAAUUGUAUAGUUUAUAUUCAGAUCUUUCGUACUCCUUUGCUGAAUGAUUUUUAUUCGUAUUUCCAAACUUCACCCGAAAAAAAUCUAUUUAUACAUCAUAGAAAUAUUUUUUAUUUAUUUGUUCAUAUUGUAAUCUAUUUUAGAUUUUUGGUUCAAAAAGUACAACUACAUUUAUUCUAGCACAAAAUAUUUAGCACUCGUAGUAAAUAUAGAGAUAUCUAAAUUAUAUUAUUUAAAAAAAAACAAGUCACGCGAUAACAGUUCAUGUGUCAUACUAGUUUGGUUCAAAAUCCGCGUAAGCAGUAUGCCAUGAAUUAAACCAAGCUGCUUAAUUGCUCAUAGCAUGUAAAUACACAAUUAAUUUGAAGUUUACCAGUAAAAUGCGCUUCAAUGAAAACUAACGAAAAUCUCGUGCAAAAUGCUAAUCAACGCACACUAUUUUUUACAAAUUGUGAUUACAUUUGAAUAUGCUUUUUUUUCUAUUCAUUAUUUUUCUAGAACGCAUUCAAUUACAAUUAAUCAUACUAUUUAUAUUUUACGCGCACAAAAUCUAUCGCAACAAUAGAUGCCAUUCAGGAAGCAUAACAAAUAGCAUUAAUUGAAUAAUGUUUAUCUAUUUUUACACUAUACAUUCCUGUUUUCCUUUAUUUUGUUAAUAAAUACGAAAUAAAAAGCUGAUUGAUAUACAGAGUUUGACAAGAAAUUAACAAGAAGCAAAAAAUAACUCUGAAAUAGAUCUUCUAGCAAUCGAAGUGUGUUUCUGAAGCAGAUAUUAUUUGUAGCUUUUCUGACAAAAAAAAAUCGAUAUCACCAUGAUUGAUAACAGAGGCUGCUCGUAAAACCUAUAUUCAAGCUCACUAUUACUUAAAGAUUUCUUUCGUAUGUCAAUUUUCUAUUUGCAGAACAAAUUUCAAUCGAUUGUAAUCCUCAGUUGUAUAUUUUUAUUAGCUCUCGACACGUCUCUUUUGGUUGAAAUCCACAAUUUUCUGAAUUAAAAUUCGAAUUUUAUGAAAGUAUUCUGAAUUCAAAAACUAGAAUGAUUUUUUGCCGUUACUGGACUAAUUUUAUGCAGUUUAGAAAAAUGAGAUAGAUACAACGUAGACAGAACGUAUCGAACACAUUUAAAAUUUAAAAAAAGAAAAACAGAACUCCUAGACAUCAUUUGUGCCAAUUUUGUAGAAAAAUGUAUAUUUGAACUAGAUUUUGUACAUCUUCUUCAAAACAAACAUGUAUUAAUCGAUUUAAAAUUGAAAGAUUGAUAGUAAACCAAAGGGAAUAAAUUAUUGAACAAUCUUUUCUAAUAAAAUAUGAACAUACCCUGUGAAUCCCAGUAAGUAUCGGUUUUCGUCUACAUCUAGUUGACACACUGUUUAGUACGACCGCAACAAAAUAAACAAACACCGAUACACAACAAAACGACCAAACAAUAUUUUAUAAGAGAAUUACUUCGUACAAAGGACAAAUGUGUAAGAAAAAAAAAACAAACAUAAGAUGAAAUAUCUAUUUUUUCUAAACUGUGUCACUGCGUUAGAAAAUCAUAAAUUUGAAUUUAUAACUGAUUUUGACAAUUGUCCGAUAUUUAAAUUUAGUAUCACAAUAUUUUCAGUAUACUGCUAAUACUUAUCAUUUUGAACAGUCCAAUAUAAAACGUAAAAUCCCUACAAUCUACUUGUACAGCUCCUACUGAUUAGUGAAAAAGGUCAAAAUAUUUGCAAUGAUUUAUUACUAUCUUCCUUAUGUCGUAAACAGUAUUCUCAAAUGAUAUGCACGCAUACAAAAUCUACGAUGAACACCGCGCGACAGGAAAGUUUCUAUCGAUUCUCAGUUAAAGUUGAGAGUUAAACUGAAAUUUAAUUCACUUCAAACGCUUGCUUUUUUCUAAUAAACUUACUAAAAUUGCUGAUAAUCCAAAAAUAAAUUCUAGUCACCACAGCUGAAUUUGUAACCAAAUCUUAUAUUGCGGCGUGAAGACGGAAAUUGACGCAGUUAAUCGACUAUUGCAUCGUUUGUUUAAAAAAUAAAAUUAUAAAGACUAGACCCAUAAACACACAACAAACAGAUGUCGAUUGAUGCUUUUGCGUUCCACACUAUCGUUUUUAUGAAGCAUAAUUUUAUUGUGAGAGAAUAGAAUACAGUUCAUUAUUACAACAUCUGCUAUCAGAAUGAUUUAUGAUAGUAAACUUGCGCAUUUAGCUAAUUAAUAAAAAAUACCAUUCACGGCAUAAUUUCCAAAUAUAAAUGCUAUUAUUACUACCAAUUGAAGAGUAAAGUUAGAAUAUAUUUGACGAAAUAUAUCCGCUUACAAAAUAUUAUCAUAUUUUUUGAAAACAAAAAAUAAACCUAAGUAGUAAGCAGAACGAGAAAUAGUUCAGUAGCUUAAUUAAGCCAACCUUUACAAGAAAUAAAAUAAAUAAGAGAAAACUAUUGAAAGCAAAAUUUAGAGUAGGUUCGAAUAAAAACAAACAAACAAGCUAAACAAGAACUUCAAACCUCCAAAUGACAACAACAAACAUAUAUCAAAUUACGGCAUCUGCAAAUCAAAGAGAAAACAAUAUGUUAUGGAUGAAAAAAGUUAGGUCAGCGGUGGUUAGAAGUCAGUGCUGCAUAGUAACCCUAGUUACUGUGGUAGUAAAGCAAAUGCAUUACAUUAUUCAGAUCCUUAAGAAGAUUAGUCUAACAAAAAGAUCGUGAACCCCAAGUUGUCGAUACAUUAUCAAAAUCCAACAAAAACACAAAACAAUCGUUUUCCCGAAAAUGGCGGACAAAAUUUCCCUUGUAGUCAAGAUAACUGAACUAUUACUAAAAGAAAAAAAACCGUUGUUAUAAACCUAAGAAGAAAAGGUUCAUAGUUAAAAUCAGCAAAAGCAACAGAUCUAGACAUUCAUCAUCAUUAAAUAGCCUGUAAUGAAAAUAAAUUGUAAAAGAAAAGCAAAUCAUGCAUAGUUUUUCUUUCUGCGAAGUUUCUGUUCACAAAGCGACUAAAAACUCACAAACCAAAAUGAAUCGAUCAUUAGUUAUACAUUUGCUGAAGAAGCAAACUAAAAAUAUUAUGAAAAUAACGAAAACACAUAGCAACAAAACAAAUCAUGUAUAAGAGAUAAAAUAGUUUCCAAACAAAUCAGCAUGAAAGCAUCACUCUGAAUGAGAGGAAAACAAUAGAAAUUACAAAAACAUAACACUUUACUGAUAACAAACCAAAAAGUAAAAUAUAUAUUUAACUUAAUGUGUAUGUAAUUUUAUGUGUGAUGUAAAAAAUCGGAAACAAAUAAAUGCGUUUUAGCCACUAAAGUCAAAA